GUACCUACAAAACCUGCUACUUACCAAGGGCUCAUGGGGAAGAAUAUGGAUUCUGAAAAUACAGAAACUGAAAAUAUGGAAAUGGAAAUUACGGCACCUAAAAAUCUGGAAAUUGUGACACUUUCUUCAGUUUCUGCUCUGGAAGCACUCUCUGCGCUAAUUAAUCCUGGAGAAGAGGAUGAUUUUGACUCUGGACAGACAAAUUAUCCAUCUUGUCUUGGAGCCAUGGGCCCUGGGAAUAUUGGACCACCAAAUAAAGAAGAGCUCAAAGUCAUCCCUCAAACCAGUGAGGAAAAGAGCUGGGACAUCUGGAAUCCAGAAGAGGUUCCAGAAGGAGCAGAGCAUGAUGAUAUGUGGGACAUUAGAGAAAUCCCAGAAUAUGAGAUUGUAUUCCAACAGCAGGUGGGAACUGAGGAUAUAUUCCUGACAUUGACAAGAAAGGACCCUUCAACAGCAUGUUGUCAGGAUCUAGUGGUUAAAAUUAAACUGCCAAAUACAGACCCUUCUGAUAUUGAAAUUGAUAUCCAGGAAAUGUUCCUUGACCUUCGUACUCCUAAUAAGAAGCUGUUCGUAACCCUUCCCCAUCCUGUGGUAUGCAGCAGUGCUCAAGCAUUGUAUGACCGAAGGACUGAGACUCUUGAAAUCACCGCAACCAUGAAAAGAGAGUUGGAUCCUGUUAAUUUUUUCUGA